AUGUCGCAUGCGGAGGACUCAAGAGACAUUCAGGUCGAUGCGAGGCCAAAGUGGGACAACAAAGUACAAUACCUUCUAAGCUGCAUUGGGUUUGCUGUCGGCUUUGGGAAUGUAUGGCGCUUCCCGUACUUGUGCCAAAUCUAUGGAGGAGGUGCAUUCCUGAUUCCCUACGUCAUUGCACUCUUCUUCGAAGGAAUCCCGCUAUUUCAUCUUGAACUGGCCAUAGGGCAGCGCUUGAGAAAAGGCAGUAUCGGAGUCUGGACCCAGAUCUCCCCAUACCUGGGAGGACUUGGUUACGCUUGCAUGGUGGCGUCCUUCUUAGUGAGUGUCUACUACAAUAUGAUUUUGGCCUGGGUGUUGUGGUACUUUGUAAACUCCUUCAGAGAUCCCUUGCCUUGGAGCAUCUGUCCAGAAUAUAACUACAACGCAGAACUCGCUGAAGAGUGCCACAAAAGCACGGCGUCCACUUUCUUCUGGUACAGACACACAUUGAACAUCAGCUCAGACAUCACGCAGAGUGGCCCUUUUCUGUGGUGGAUGGUUUUGUGCCUGGCUGCUUGCUGGAUCAUUCUCUACAUGUGCACAAUCCGAGGAAUUGAAUCAUCUGGAAGGGUGAUAUAUCUGACAGGCACAUUUCCCUACAUCCUGCUCACGGUGUUCCUUGUUUAUGGACUGACUCUCCCAGGAGCUCGUGCAGGGCUUAUCUACCUCUUCACUCCAAAUGUGGAUGUCCUGAAAAACCCACGGACAUGGCUGGACGCUGCCACGCAGAUAUUCUAUUCCCUUUCUUUAGCACUGGGGGGACUCAUCGCAUAUUCGAGCUACAACCCACAAAAGAAUGACUGUGAAAAGGAUGCACUUACAAUUGCAAUUGUGAACAGCCUGACCUCUCUGUAUGCCGCCAUCCCGAUUUUUUCUAUCCUGGGGUUCAAAGCAACCGUGGCCUACACAGACUGCUUGAAUAGGAACAUCAAAAAGCUAGAGGGCAGUUUUAAUCUGCUGCAGCAAAGGAUCACCAAGGACAACUACACCACGUGGCUGGAAAACCUGAGCCCACCGUCUUUGGGAAAGGUUGCUGAGCUCCAGCUGAUAAAUUGCGAUCUUCAACAUUUCCUGGACCAGAGCACUUCUGGAACCGGCUUGGCCUUUAUCGUGUUCACAGAAGCCAUCGUUCAUCUACCUGGAGCCCAAGCUUGGGCUAUUCUGUUUUUUAUCAUGUUGUUUUCUCUGGGCCUCUCAUCCAUGUUUGGACUCGUUCAGAGUAUCUUGACGUCUUUCCUAGAAUUCCAAACUGUGUCUAAAUACUUACCUAAGGAGGCUGUAUCUGGUAUUAUUUGCCUCAUUUCCUUUCUGCUGGGUCUCAUUUUUACUCUGAGAUCUGGAAGCUACUGGUUGGAAGUGUUUGAUAGCUACACAGGAUCCAUUCCUCUGCUGAUCAUUGCCUUGUUUGAACUGAUUGGGAUCAACUUUGUUUACGGAAUGAAAAGGUUUUGUGAUGAUGUGGAAUGGAUGACAGGACGGCAACCCAACUUUUAUUGGAAGGCAUCAUGGCAAGUCAUCAGCCCCGUGCUAAUGCUCACCGUCUUUUUGGCCUACAUAGCUGUUCUGAAACCACCAGGUUACAGUGGAUGGAAUCCAAACUAUACACACUUUCCUGAAAAGGAGACAAAAGUUUACCCCAAAUGGGUUGUCUUCAUCUGCAGCAUGCUAGCAACCGUACCUUGUCUAUUCAUCCCAGCUGGAGCCAUUUACCACCUGUGGAAAGUGAUGCUCAAGCGGAAGGAGAAACAAGCGCUGCACCCUUCCAACAGCACUGGAGCCAACUGA